AUGCACCGCUCUUCGCCGCCACCGCCCGGGGCCACCGCCCCGCUGGACGGCGUGUCCAACGGCGAUGUCGACUGGUUGUUCCGCGGUAAACACAAGCGCAACAAGCGCUCCGACAAGAAGACGGCGCCGGCGCUGGCGGCGCCCGGCGCCUCCAACGCCAAAACUACGUCGCCGCUGCCGCCAUCGCCGCGGUCAGCGCCCACAGCGCCAGCCACGGCCGAGGUGCCGCUGGCGCCGCUUGCGCUGCUGACGACAACGUCCCACGUCCCGCUGUCGUCGCUGCCGCCCACCGCCAAGCCAGCGGAGAAGACGUCAAAGUUCGACAUGUUCAAGUUCGGGCGGCUGCGGUCGCUGCUGCUGGCACUGGCGACGGCGGCGCCGUCAGCGUCCACUACCCAGGCGCCGGCGCUGGCGCCGACGCCUCCGGCGCCCACCGACGCACCCAAGCGCCGCGGCUCCGUAAACUUGGCGCUGCUUUCCCAUAUCCACAGCCACCUGCUGGCGGACAAGGCGCUGUCGCUGCCGCUGUCGCCGCUGGUGCUGCGGCUGAACCUGGUGCUGCGCUCGAACCUGGGGCUGAAGCGCCUGCUUUUCCUGCUGAUCUCGUCCAAGCUUAAGGCGGGGUCGCUGUACCUGGCGCCGGGGCUGGUGGUGCACGAGGCGCCGUUGGCGCUGAUGCUGGCGCGGCGGGGGCUGGUGAGCUCGCAGGAGCUCAGCCACCUUGACAAGUUCCCCGCCGGCGUCGGCGCCCCCGCCCCCACGCGCCGGCGCGGGUCGCUGGUGCUCAGCGCGUUGCUGCUGCUGCUGCUGCUGCUGGCUAAGGCCGCCGCCCCCCGGGUGGUGCUUAACAAGAACCCUCAUCGAGAAGAAAUGCCGUUGCGCGAGCUCCACGGCAUCCGCCUCGAGCGUGUGGUGUUCGCCAUCGACAAGCUCGCCUACGACCCGCAACAGCAGAUCCCGCUGCGACGCCCACGCAAGGGGAACGUGCUUAUCCCCGAGGACCUCGUCGCGCCGCCGCCACGCCUCUCGAUGGGGAUCUCCCUUUCCGACGGCGGCAAGUUGGCCCAGGAGCCGCACUACCUGGAUCGGGAACUCCAGUUGGCGAUCGACUCCCAGCGCCGCGCUAUCGCCGAGGCGGACAAACACGCCCACGACGCCCAUAUCGCCGCCAAAAGGCUCGCCGCUGAAGUGCAAGGAAUGGGUAAACGAGGCUGGCUCCACCGCGACGACGACCUGGCCACCACUUCUCACCCACUGGAGCUGGAAGACGAUGAACGGGUCGACGGGAAAGCCCAUAGAUUGGAGAUCGAAAAGCCGAUGCACGUGCACGAACUGCACUUUGGCGACGAGAUCUUGGCCGGCGACCACGACGACGACAGCGGCGACGGCACCGUCAACGACAACGACUUGCUGUUGGAGACGAUCUACACGAGAUGUUGUCAUUUGAGAGAGAUCCUUCCGAUUCCGGCGACGUUGAAACAGCUUAAGGGGAAGCUGGCGCCGUUGCAAGUGCUCAAAAUGCUCAACCCGAAGCCGACGUUAAUUGACGUGUUGCUGUUUGCCGACUUCAUCGCCAUCACCCCGAUUAACACCGUCAUCUUCGACAACGUCACUAUGACCACGGAGAUGCUCAAACACUUCUUGGCCCUGCUUGUCAACAACAAGUCGGUGGAGAAGCUCUCGUUGCGCAACGUGGCCAUCUCCCCUGACGGGUGGCAGUUGUUGUGUAAGUUUAUGCUGCGCAACCUCACGGUGAAGAAAUUGGACAUUUCGCAGCAGAAGAUCAAAAGCGACACCAAGGAGCAGUGCUUGCGUAAAAACAUGGACUGGGGGUUGUUUACACGGGCGAUUGAAGUUCGGGGCGGCAUCGAGGAGUUGGUGAUGAACGGGUGUAAGCUAGACGACGCCACGUUCACCAACUUGAUUCGCAAAGCCGUAUCUCUUAACACUUAUCGGUUGGGGAUUGCCGGCACCGACCUCAAUGUUGCUAAGUGUGAAGUUAUCGCUCAGUGGAUGGUGGACCCUAACUGCCACUGUAUUGGCGUAGACGUCGCUGGCAACGAUAUGAGCCAGGGCCAGUUGAUCCCGUUGCAACAGGCAUUUUUGACGGGUAAAACGCAACUCGUGUUUUUCCUGCUUAACCAGACUCAGCUUCAUGAUGCUGAUGCCACCGCAGACUUCCUCAAGGCUCUCGCCCACGUCACCACCCUCCGCUUCCUCGACUUAUCGCUGAUUCCUCAGGUGUUCCCCAAGAUCAUCGGUCAGCUUGAGCGUCUUUUACCUCAAUUCCCCUCGCUUCGUCGUAUCCACUUCGAUUUGAACGAUUUGACGUCGCGAGGCAUCAGUGCCAUCGCCGCCAUCUUACCCAAGAUCCCCAUGCUUGUGUACGUCCUGUUCUUGGGCAACAGCAAGAUCAACCACGAGGCAGCCUUCUCCCUUUACCAAGCGGUGAAGACGCUGAGAACUUUGCACACACUCGAAAUGGAUGCCGACUCCGUCCCCGACGACUUGGCGCAGAAGAUCGCCUUCUACUUGAUGCGUAACUUGGACCGUACCGUCAACGCCGAGUUGCACGACGGCGACGAGGAGCUCAUCUUCGACGGGCUGACGCUCAUGGAGCUGGUGGAACGUUUGAUGAACGAGGCCGAGCUGGAUCACCGCGACGAAGAUCCUAAGGUGCAAAAGAUGCUUACCAAUACCCUCAUCAAACGCACGAGAGCGAUCAGACUCGACAUCCAUACCCAGAUCGACAAGCUCUUCUCUAAGAGACAGGCGGGCACAUUGCUGAUUGAGUCUAAAGAAACUCUCUUACGUCUCUGUCUUCUCGAUCUGUCACUUGAGAAGGUGAUCAACUUGUUUGAGGAAUACGCUUCCAGUCACGGGCUCUUGCUGAACUCAGUGACACCACUGGGUUCUGCAGUUGACUUGGCUCAAUUGGGCAUGACUACUAACGCCCAGCUGAUCUCCACCGCUUUGGCGCAAUCGUCAACUAACCGCCAACAGCAUUCUUUGCCGCCGCCAGUGAUUACCAUGCACUCACUGACUAACGAAUUGAUGACUACUGGGCCGAUCACCGGUCCUCGCCAAGGGCUUCACGCAGGAGCUGCCGGCGCCACGGGGUCCCCUGACCAGCUCCAACCACACUACAUGGUGCUGGAUACCGCUAAUGGCCAGAGUCUCACUAUUGAUAACGAGACGGGGCGUCCAGUACUUAUGCGGUCAGCCUCGCUGACUCUGGUUCACGCCAGGGAACAGGAAGUUGAAGAAGGUGAAGCACACAAGUUGGGGGUCAAACGACAAAGCGAGGAGCUUAAACUGAAGGUGCCAAUCUUACUGUCGAUCCCCCUGGGUCCUCAGUUGAGAGACGCGGUGAUGGCUGGCUCUGGUAUCGAGCUGGUGACGGACUUGAUCGACCGCAUCAAAGUCGACGAUCAACAUGACGAUAACGACGACGAUACCCUGAUCAACUCAAUGGAGGGGAAGCAGGAGGCCCACCCACACCCGGCCCAGGUGGAUGAAGUUUACGACAAGUUGUUAAAUGAAGCUGCCCGGGUCCGCUCCAACCGAUAA